GUUUUCUGCAAAGAGAAUGAUUUUGUUAAACAAACAAACAAAGCCUUAGAACCUCAAAGAAAGAAAAUCCCUAGUGCUGAAUCUCCUUUCUCACCAUUGUACUAAGCAGUAAAGGGUCCAUUUUGAACCAAAUGACCUUCUGCAGUAGGGGACAAGGCCACUCAAAGUUCACUCAGGACCAGGAGGAUGCUUGCAAGAGGUUUAGGCUUUGUUCUACACCGAGCAUGCCCAGGUGUGAAGGACCUAAGCUAGCAGAUGCCUUUUCAUUUAUGGAAUUAGUGUUGUUCACGCCUGUACUAAUUUAAACCCAAUAACAUGGCUUCACAUACAGCUGCCACUAGAAUUGCUUUUACAUUUCCUGUGAUUUCCCUGAUGUUUUUCAAUCAGUCAUUGAGAAAAGGAAUAGUACUUGAAUUGAUCUUAAUUGCACAGAUCAUAUGCAAUAUGCUGUUAUCUCCUCAGUGGUUUGUGAAGUUCGGAUAAAUGUCUGCGCUUUCCACUGAACUAUGGUCUUCUCAUCUAUAUACCAUCUUCAGCUCUUUGGUACAGAGAUUUCACCAUGUAUACAGUGAAUGCCUCAUCUCAAAAGGGAACAUCUCCAACUGCUAAACUGCAGAAAGUAUACCAUGUGGGAUGUUAGAAGAAAUGUGCUCAGUUAAGAGCUUUCAGGCUGUUGGGAAUAAGGUCUUCCCUCUGGAAAAGUUGUGUCUUCUGUACCUCGGGUUCACCUGCCCUCUGGAAGAAUAUGCUCUGCCCGGUAAUUUCCACUUCUGGCUCCAGUGUGCUCUGACCAUCCAAGAAACUGCUGCUUUCUAUAAUCUCCUCCCAAAAGAUUGCUAUCUUCUGCUUGGUGUUUGGAUUGGAAAAUCUUUCUUAUGUAAGAGAACAGAACUGGCAAAAGAGAAUUAGUAGCAAAUGAAACUCCCUUCCCUACCCAGCGUAUUUUGUAAUUGAUUCUCUUGACAGACUCAGCCAACGCCCUCACGCUAACAAUGCACUCUCUCAUACCAGAUGCCAUCAUCUGGUGAGAGGUGCAAGAUUGUCCCACGCCUACAGUUGACUGAAGGCAACUAUGCUAUGUUAGGAUUGUGUCUUGGCGGUGGGCUUGCCCUGGGCAACAGUUCAUGGGGGGAGUGGGCAGAAGCAAGCUGCCAAUAUGCUCCCAGCCCAUGGUGUCCAUUGUCUGCAGGUCUGUAGGCAGCAAAACCGAAAUCUGUCUUGAAGGGAGCCUGCUGCUUGGCCAAGUUUGGGAGAUGGCAGGCAGAGCCUGUGGGAGAAACUGGGUCCAGUCCUGCAAUGAGCAAUAACCAGCAGGCCUGGUUUGAGGAUCACCGCCACAGCAUAUUUGCACACCGUAAAUCAACUGCCAGCGCUGGGCAGACCUGACAGCCUUUGGAAAUGCUCAUAUGGUGUCAGAGCACGGACUGCACUGAGCACACCCUACUACAGACACCAACAGGGCUGCAGCCACAGCUCCAGGCAACCUUGAAAACCUCGCAGCCAGAAUGGGCCCACGCAGUCCCUGCCCAGGAUACUCCUCCCUGUGUGUGGGAAGCAGCACUUGUACAAAAGGCUCCAGCCUGCGUGCAAACAGUGUGAAGUGACCUGGGGCCACAGGGCAGAUGACUGCCUUCACCGUGUGCCGACAGGGCUCCCGCUGCUGGCAGCGGUGGCUCUCCUGGCCCGGCUUUGCUCCGCAGCCCCUGCAGCACCACAGCCCCCUGCAGAUCCCUGGGGUGCCCACAGCUCGUGGCCUCGCUUCCACAGCAACUGCCAUCCGCUUCUCGCCGGCCACCCGCAGCCUCUUCGAUGAGCCGCUGGGCAUCACAGUGCACGGCCUCAGCCCCCGGCAGCAGGUCACCCUGCGGGCAUCCUUGCAGGAUGAGGCGGGAGAGCUCUUUGAGGCCUGCGCCCGGUACCAGGCGGCGGAGGACGGGGAGCUGGACCUGGCCCGCUGCCCCGCGCUUCCGGGAGGCAGCUUCAGCGGCCUGGAGCCCAUGGGGCUGCUGUGGGCGCUGCAGCCCCGCAAGGCCUUCUGGCGGCUGGUGAAGAAAGACGUGCAGACCCCCUUCCGCCUGCAGCUGGAGGUGCUGGAGGGCCACGGGGACGGCCCCGGGCGGCUCCUGGCCCAGGCCCAGCACGAGCGGGCGUUCCUGCGGGACGGGGUGCGCAGGGUGCCGGUGCGAGAGGGGAGGAUCCGGGCGAUGCUUUUCCUGCCCCCCGGACAAGCCCCCUUUCCAGGAGUCAUCAACAUAGAUGGACUUGGAGGAGGCCUCUGUGAGCAAAGAGCCAGCCUGCUGGCCAAUCAUGGCUUUGCCACACUGGCCCUGGCUUAUUACCAAUAUGAGGAUCUGAUCCAGAAGCCGACCAAACUCCAUCUGGAAUAUUUUGAAGAGGCAGUGAACUACAUGCUGCAGCACACACAGGUAAAGGGACCAGGAAUUGGCCUGCUCGGUUAUUCCAAAGGAGGUGAUCUGUCUCUCGCCAUGGCUGCCUUCCUGAAGAAUAUCACAGCAGUAGCUACCAUUAAUGGCCCAGUGGCCAAUACAGUUUUUCCUCUGUGCUACAAAGAUAAAACUAUUCCCAGUUUGAUUUGGGAUGAAAACCGUGCCAGGGUUUAUGAUAACAAUAUCCUUGAUUAUUCUGACAUUGCUUUUGACCCCUUUAAAGCCCCUGGCAACCAAAGCCUGAUCCCAAUAGAGAAAGCUGAGGCACAUUUACUAUUAAUUGCUGGACAAGAUGAUCAUAUUAUCAACAGUAAGUAUUAUGUCACUGAAGCCUGCAAAUAUUUGCAGGCUCGAGGGAAGGAAAAUGUUCAGACACUCAUUUAUCCUGGAGCAGGGCACUGCAUUGACCCUCCCUUUUCUCCUUUUUACCCAAUAGGAACCCAUCCAGUUCUUCACAAACGAGCUGUCCUGGGUGGAGAGCUCACAGCUUAUUCUAAAGCACAGGUUCAUGCUUGGCUACAGAUAAGGGCUUUUUUCCACAAACAUUUAAAUGACAAGUGAUGCGUGUACAAGAAACGCGCAACUUUGAACAAACAUCUGAUGAAUUAUUUUACAUUUAUCAGGUCAGCUCCCUUUCCCAGCUGUACCAAUACAGCUACAGUGUCUUCAGUGACUUUGCACAACCAUAACUCAGAGAACAACUGGUUUUCACUUUCUGUUUUACAUUUUUACUCAAGUGUCAAGAAAAGGAAUGGAGAAUAGGUGAUAGGAAAAAUAUUCAGUUAUUUUUCUCAUCUGUUUUCUAUUUUUAUAUUUGACCGUGCUUUUCACAACACUGUGGCCUUCACAUGCAUAUACUAUCCACAACACAUACAUCAAAGCAAGACCUUUCAAAUACUAAUUUUGGUGCAUGGAUUUCACUACUGUUAUAGUAAAUAUCAUAAAUGAAAAUGUUUCUGAACUCCAAGAUGCUGGAUGUGUGCCAUAAUGGAUGUUACAGCGAGGAUGUCACGGUGUCUCUGGUUAGCCCUCUGGACGGGUUGUUUGUCUUUUGUUUCUGUCUCCCCUUCAGAAGAAAGUGCUCUGCUUCAUGUAUACUUCCAGCUCUAACAUGUAACGCAAAAGGCCAAAUUUACAGUCAUUGUGAUCUUCUCCCAUAAAACGUGGAAACUUUUCAGCUUUGUUGUAAGAGCUGGUUGAGGUCAGACUAACGAGGGAACAGAGCUAGAGCAGCUCAUACAGGAACCAAAGGCAUGAAGGGACCCUCCCACCCAGUCACAAGAUUCAGAAUGGACCCCCUUGCUUUCUACGCUCCUUUUGAUGGCCUAGCUGCAGCUAGAUCCAGUCUUAGGCUCAGACUUGGUCAGUGGUUCACAUCUUAACAGAGUUUCUCCCAUUCACACACCUACAUCUAACCAGAUAAUCACAAACACUUGCAGACAAAUUAAAAUUCAUUCUCCAAACAAUUAAGACUUCCCAUUUACCCCAAUAAAAAGAAGAUCUUCCUACCAAAUGUAUCAAUUUCAAUUAAAUUUACUUUACCGGUUUUUCAGGUUCUGGACUGACUUGUAUUUAAAGUCAAAAUGGUAAUGUCAGAGUACAGCAAAGAGCCUGCAAACAAUCCUCACUGACAUCCCAAUAGGGAGUGUUUCUUUAAGUGCUUUACCUUCUUUUAGGGUGGCACCUGGGAUCCUGAGGAGCCAGGCUGCAAUUCCUCCCAUCUGUAGCACAAAAUAAGCCAUUUGAGUCAUGGCACCAUGACUGCCAGAAAAUAUGGGGACUCCAAGUGUGUAAUGGCCCAAGUGCAAUUUAAGAUGGGUCAGAAGAAGCCUUAUUAACUACAGUCACAGUAAGAAAAUACUGGGGCAGCAUCAGCCCGUCUGCUCCCCUCUUCUGUCAGAUGUCUGCAGAGACCUCUCUUAAGUACUGUUUCAAAUAAAGGAAAGAGGUGAGGAAAAUCAUUCUAAUGUUAGCAAAGCCAGUUGUAUAUUCUUGGGAAAAACAAAUCCUAGACAACUAUGUAUACAUCUGAAAGGCCAAAUCCCUCCAUGCCUAGGAGAGAUGCAGUCCUUAAGGAGCCUGUUAACAGUCACAUCUGAGAAAACAGAGAGGGCUCUCUGAUAGCCCUGUAGAGAGGCACGAGAGGCACACGGUAUUAGCUUAGCUCACAAGCGGAGGUAGCAGUGGGUGUUGGAAAUGAUCACAGACUGCUAGCGUUUGCUUGGAUAAAAUUCGCAGCCAUACCUUUCAAAUCUUACGUAUCAGUAAUUUUACCACUGUACUCAACUGCUCUAGCUCUGUUGCCAAAUUAGUCUGACCUCGACUAGAACGUCCAGAUCAAACAGAGUGUGACUUUAGCAGAUUCCUACUGUGUGUGUCUCCUUCCUUGGCUCACACCCACUGUACAAGCCGUAUCAGUGUGGAUAAAAUGAGAGCAGACAUUCUAGUCUGAGGUGGGAGAUGAAAUGCAUUGGUCUUGGUGGGACUGUAAUGCAGGCUGAGACCCUGGGAGGGCUGUCAUCUCAAUCGGUGUGAUUAAAAUGUGGGCUGAGAUUUGAACAGCAAAUCAACAUCUUGGUAUAAAAGUAAGUCUUAAAAGUAAAUAGAAGGUACCUUUAAAAUUA